CUGCAUGUGCCGCCCUCCUGCCAGAGGCUCCUCCUGGGCGCCGAGGUGCUGCGCGACAACGAGCGGCUGGCCGAGCGCGCGGGGGGCCGGGCGCUCUCCCUGACGCUGGUGGUCACCCUGGCGGCCGUGCGCGCCGAGCUGGAAGGUGGCCCCCCCUGCGCGCAGCUGAGGGCGCUGUCGGACAUCGGCAAGCUUGGCCCCAGGGGGGGCGCGCAGGCCGUGGACGCGGUGGCUGGCGGCCUCGAGGCCGAGAGCAGGACCCAGCGUCCGGGACGCGGCAUCGGACGUGCUGGGCAGGCUGGCCGCGCGAGGCGACGAGCACGCGACGGCGGCGGUGCUCGGCCGCCUCGAGAGCGCCGCGUGGGAGUGCCGGCUGGCCGCGCUGCAGGCCCUCGUCAAGGCCCGCCCGUGGUGGAGCCGCCGCCGCCGUCCCACCGAGGGACGCUGCGGUGGAGGCGCUGGCGCAGGUGGCCGCCGCGAACGACGCGGGCGCCGUGGCUGCGGUCGCCGCGCGCCUGCGCCACGGCAGGGGCGAGGUGCGGAAGGCCGCGCUGGAGGCGCUGCCGUCCGUGGCGGCCAGGGGAGACGCCAGCGCCGCGGCCGUCCUGAAGCUGGUGGAGGAGGAGGCCGACGCCAAGGUGCGGCGCGCAGCGGUGAGGACCCUGGCCAGCCUGGCGGUGGUGGGUGACGCCAAGGUGAUAGACUCCCUGAGCCGCCGGCUCGCCGAUGAGUCCUGGGAGGUGCGGUGGGAGGCCGCGGAGGCGCUGGGCUGCGUCGCCGAGAAGGGCGACAUGCAGGUCAUCGCCGCAGUGACCCAACUGCUGCAAGACGUGGACGCCGACGUGAGGCGCGCCGCACUCGACGCCCUGCGCCGGCUCCACCCCGAGCGCCGCAGGGGCGGCCGUGCCGCCAGGAGGCGCCCCUCCCGCCGGGCGCCGACCUCUCCGGCGGCGCCCUCGGCGGCGCCCUGA